GUUGUCGUAGUGGUGGUUGUAGUCUCGAUGGUGGGAUUUUUCUCGCGUAUUAAGAAGGAAAAAAAAAAUAAAACAUAAGAAAGCAGAAAUCGGACGGGGAAAAAAUAAAAUUUUAGAAAAAUAAGAAAAUUUCCAAAUAAAAGAAAAAAUUUUGUGUUCAAAAAUUUUCAUUUAAAAAAAAAACACGUUUUGUGUGUUUUUUUUUUUUGGUUUUUUUUUUCGGUUCUUUUGAAUGUUGUGUAUGAUUAAUAUUGUAACAUUUAAUCAUCGUUUAUAGUGUAUAUUUAAAAAAUUAUUCCUAUAUAUGAUUUUUUUAUUAAUAUAGUGUUCUAUUAUUGCCUACCUCUGAAAAACAAUUUUAAAUAACAAUAUUUAUGUGCUAUAAUGAGGAGGAAUUAAAGAAAAAGGAAAUUAUAAAGAAGAAAUUCCAGAAAAUCAAAAGUAUUAUUGAGAAAAACUCGAAAAAAGAAUAUUUUCAUUUUUUUUCACUUGUUGUUUUUUUAUAUUAUAUGCCCACCCUUGGUUUUGGUUCACAAUACAUUACUGUAUAUAAACUACAAUAUAUAUUUGAAAGGGAAGGGAUGGGAGAUUUAUAUGCACAAAAAAUCAGAAUAACAUCAUAAUAAAAAAAAAAAAGAAAUACAAAAAUUUUAUCCCUUUCAUAUGCCAACUACUACUAUAUACAUAAUAAGUUAAGUCAAAUAAAAUAAAAUUUUUAAUUUUUCAAACCAAAAAUUUAAUUUCGAUGUAAAAAAAAGGAAAAUAAAGAAGUAAUUGGAUAAAAUAAAAAUAUAAUAAGAAGGCAAAAUUUAAAAUUACAAUAAUUGAACUUAAAAAAAAAUUCCAGUUGUUGUGAAAAACAAAAAUAAUUGCAUAUAUAUAUAUAUAUAUAUAGAUAAAAUACUUAAAAAUUUCACAUAUAUACCUACCUUAAUCCAAAUUAUAACCAUCAUUAAUAACCAAUUUUUUCAACAAGGACUACCAGAGUUUUGAAAAAAAAAAAACAAAAUCAACAUUAAUUCAAGAUUAUUUUUUCCUGCAAAAAAAAUAAAAUUCAUACAAAAAAAAUCUCGAAUUUAUAUCGCAUAUAUAUAUAUACAUAUAUAUAGAUAUAUACAUAUAUAUAUAUAUAGAGAAGAAUAAAUAUACACAAGCAGAAGAAGAAGAAGAAGAAGAAAAAGGAGGAGUGUUGAAGCCUCAAGAAUAUUGGACAUUUGACAUACACUUGCUUAAAGAAUGUUUUUUUAAAAAAAAAUUAAUAAUAUUUUGGUAAAUAUUUAUAUAUAUAUAUAAAUAGUGUAAGUAUAAGGAAAUGUGUAAUAUAAGGAAAAUAAUUUGUAUAUAACAUAAAAGUAAUUUGUAUAUCUAUAUUAUAUUAUAAAAGUCAAAUUCGAUGGCGCAACCAUCGUGUAUUUUCGCUUAUAUUCUUAAUCUUCGGAAGAAUAACAUAGAAAAAGAAAACGAAAACAAAAAAAUUUUUAUUCUGAAUUCUCCCAACAUUUUAGGUUGUUGAAUUCUGUUAUAAAUUUGACAAGAGUUUCUUUUCUUCCAUCUUGAAGAUGUUAACAUAAAUAUUAAUAUAAACAUAUAGUAGUUAUACAAUAUAGAUUGUAUAUAAAUAUGAGUGAAAAUAUACAAAAAUAUGAGAUAUAUGAAAUUAAUUUUAUAUAGUAUAACAGUUUUUGUUAUAAUAUAUAUUGAAAUUUAACUUAUAUAUUAAAUUAAUUGUUACAACUAAGCAAAUGUUAGACAUUAAAAUAUGGAAUGAAAUUUGAAAAACAACAAAUAUAUGUAUAUAUAUGUGCCCAUCAUACAUACAUUUACAAAGGAUGAAAGGAUAAAAGGGAUGAAAACUAUUUGAAUUAUAUAAUUGAUUAAUUUGUAUAGCAAUACAAUUUGUAAAGUCCUGUAUUCAUAUGCAAAAUUAUAUAUACGGUUACAAUAAUAAAUAAAUGAGUUUGGAAAACAAAUAUCAUUUAAAAAAAAUUUUACUAAACUGUUAUACAAAAAUAAUAUACAGAAAUAAUAAACAUUAAUGUCAUCAUAAUUGUCAGUUUAAAAACAUAAUAGAAUAUUAAAAAAUGUGUGUAUGAAAACCAAAAAUAAUCAAUUAUUGUUCCUACAACUUCAAAUCACAAUUUAUUCAAUAAGAAGAAAAAGUGUUAUAAUUACAAAAUUUAAACAAAAAAGGGACUCCAAUGGGUAUAGACAAGAAACUAAAGUAAAUCAGAAUUACAACAAAACAACAGAAUUUAUUACGAGUUUCCAUUUUCAAAAAUUUUUGAAUAUUUUAUAGAAAGUGAAAAAAUAAUUUAAAAAACUAAACUCUAACUUAGUGUGCGUAUAACAAAACAGUUAAUUUAAUUUUUAAUCUAAAUUUAUUUUUUUUUGUUUGUUUUGUGUGGUAAAAAAAAAACAUUCCACCACAUAGUAUGGCCUCGGUCGCCGCUUGGCUGCCAUUUGCACGGGCGGCGGCCAUUGGUUGGGUACCGAUAGCAACACAUCCAUUACCACCACCACCAAUACCAAAAGAUCGUCGUAAAACAGAUGAUGAAAAAUUAUUAAUAAAUGUAUCUGGUAGACGUUUUGAAACAUGGCGUAACACAUUAGAAAAAUAUCCAGAUACAUUAUUGGGUUCAAAUGAAAGAGAAUUUUUUUAUGAUGAAGAUUGUAAAGAAUAUUUUUUUGAUCGUGAUCCAGAUAUAUUCCGUCACAUAUUAAAUUAUUAUCGUACUGGUAAAUUACAUUAUCCAAAACAUGAAUGUUUAACAAGUUAUGAUGAAGAAUUAGCAUUUUUUGGUAUUAUGCCUGAUGUUAUCGGUGAUUGUUGUUAUGAAGAUUAUCGUGAUCGUAAACGUGAAAAUGCUGAGCGUCUUAUGGAUGAUAAAUUAUCAGAAAAUGGUGAUCAAAAUUUAAAAGAAUUAACAAAUAUUAGACAAAAAAUGUGGCGUGCAUUUGAAAAUCCACAUACAUCAACAGCAGCAUUAGUAUUUUAUUACGUAACUGGAUUUUUUAUAGCUGUAUCAGUAAUGGCAAAUGUUGUUGAAACAGUACCAUGUGGUACAAGACCAGCACGUGCUGGUACAUUACCAUGUGGUGAACGUUAUAAAAUUGUAUUUUUUUGUUUAGAUACUGCAUGUGUUAUGAUAUUUACUGCUGAAUAUUUAUUACGUUUAUUUGCUGCACCAGAUCGUUGUAAAUUUGUUAGAAGUGUUAUGAGCAUUAUUGAUGUUGUAGCAAUAUUACCAUAUUAUAUUGGUUUAGGUUUAACUGAUAAUGAUGAUGUAUCGGGAGCAUUUGUAACAUUAAGAGUAUUUCGCGUAUUUCGUAUAUUUAAAUUUUCAAGACAUUCACAAGGUUUAAGAAUUUUGGGUUAUACACUGAAAUCGUGUGCUUCCGAAUUGGGUUUUUUAGUAUUUUCAUUAGCAAUGGCAAUUAUUAUAUUUGCAACAGUUAUGUUCUAUGCUGAAAAAAAUGUUAACGGUACUAAUUUUACAUCAAUACCAGCUGCAUUUUGGUAUACAAUUGUAACAAUGACUACACUGGGCUAUGGUGAUAUGGUACCAGAAACAAUAGCUGGCAAAAUAGUUGGUGGCGUAUGCUCUUUAAGUGGUGUGCUUGUUAUUGCUUUACCAGUACCGGUUAUUGUAUCAAACUUUAGUAGAAUUUAUCAUCAAAAUCAAAGGGCUGAUAAGCGUAAAGCACAAAGAAAAGCAAGAUUGGCUAGGAUUCGUAUUGCAAAAGCAUCUUCCGGAGCUGCAUUCGCUAGUAAGAAAAAAGCAGCUGAAGCUAGAUUAGCAGCACAAGAAUCUGGUAUCGAAUUAGAUGAUAGUUACAGAGAAGAAGAUAUUUUCGAGUUGCAACAUCAUCAUUUAUUAAGAUGUUUAGAAAAAACUACGGAUCGUGAAUUUGUAGAAUUAGAAAUUCCUUAUAAUGGUCAACCGAAACGACCUGGUUCACCAUCACCAAUGGCAUCACCAGCUCAUUCAACAAAUUCAACAGUUGGUUUAUUGCAAUCAUGUUGUGGCAGAUGUUGCUCACAGCGAUAUCAGGCUUGUGGAAAAUAUAUACCAGCUACUACAAACGCUCAAAAUAAUCAAGGAGGUCAGGGAAUGGAUGGAACAUAUUUGGUUGAAGCAUCAUUUUAAAAUAUAUAUAUAUAUAUAUAAAUUUCUGCCUGCAAAUAUAAAAUUUCAAGCUGCAUAAUAAUAGCGAACAUAUAAAAUAUUUCAUUAUAAAAAAAAAAAAUAAAACAAAAUAAAAUAUAAAAAAAAUUAGGAAAAAAUCAAACCCGCCAAAUUGGCUAUAAUUAAUUAAUUGCGCGAAAGCUAUAUGUGUAGAUAAAACAAAUGACAAACCAUACAGAAAUAUCUGUAAAUUGUAAAACGCAACAUUAUAUAUGUAUGUAUAUAAAUUAUAUUCGUAAUAAUAACAAUAUAUAAAUUUUUUACAAAAUUUGUUAUACUAAUAUUUUCUAUUUUAUAUUUAAUUUAUUAAAUGUUAUGUAGGAUCUUUAAGUUUUUCAUUUUAUACUAUUACUAACAUACUUUAUUCAAUAAACUAUAAAUUUUAAGUUUAACACCAUUUAAAUUUUCUUAAAUUUAUUAACGCUAUACAAAACUUAUUAUAAAUUUUAAUAGUAUUUGAUGAUUCCAUAUAUUAUAUUAAAAAUAAAUUAAUAAUACUCAAAUUUCGUAUAUUAAAAUGAUACAUGCACAACCUUAGUUAUCGAAAUUUUUUAAUAAAUUACCAGGUAAUCAAGCUCCUAUAACAUAGUACUUCUAUAUAAUGCGGUUUUGUUACAACACGGUUCAUAAAAUUCCGAAAAUUUCCUAUAUGACAUGGUACUUCUAUAUUUUAACGCGAUACUUUUAUAUAACACCGUUCGAAAAAGGCGAAAAAAUUUUCUAUAUAAGAUGGUACUUCCAGAUACAACGCGGUACAUUUAUACAACACAAUUUCCUAUAUAUAACGCGAAAUUUUUUAGAAAAUAUCUAAUCGAACGGGGUUGUAAGAGGGUUUGUACCUGCACAAAUCCAUAUUGUAUUUAAUAAUAAAUUUUAGUAAUUAUAAUAUAGUUUUAAUUAAAAUAUUUGGAGGUAAAUAUAUAAUUUAUUUAAAUAUUUUUUUAAAUAUAUGUAUAUAUUUUGCUUUAUUAUAUAUAUAUUUUAUUUACUAUGUAUAUUUUGUAUAUGUUUGUACUUGUAUAUUUCGUUUUUAUAAUUUAAAGUUAUUGAUUAUUAAUAUGUAUUUUUUUUGAGAUUUUCAAUUAAUAUAAUUGAAUAGUAAUAUGUACAUAUAUAUAUAUAUAAUAAUAUUCAUUAUGUUUAUUGUCCAAUAUUGCAUAUAAAUAUACAUAAUUAUUAUUAACUAGUUAUUGUUUAUAUGUAAUUAUAUAUGUAUUAAUAAAAGUAUAUAUAGUCGGUUAUAAAAAAUAAAAAAACAUACAUAUGAUUAUUAAAGUAGUAACCAAAAAAUAAAUAUGGCGGGACGUAUAUAUGUGCAAAUAAAAAUAUGAAAAGAAACCCAAAAAAAAUAAAAUGUGUUCAAAAAGAAGCGAGAUUUAAUUCUGAAUUUUCAUUUUAUAUAUAGAAGAGUCAUCCAAGAUGCACGUCAAUAUAUAACGAUUUCAUUCAAGUAUAUAGUGGAAAAUAAAUAUAUGUACUUUACAAUAUAACACAUAUAUUGAAACAUAUAUGUGUUUGAAGUUGACAGUGAACACUUAAUCUAAAACUUUUAAACAAUAUAAUGUGAACGCAUCUAUUUUGUAAAAUUUUUAAUACACUUGCGUAAAAUUUUAAUUUUAAAAUAUAAUAUCUAUAAAGUAUAUAUUCCAUAGCCCUCAUACACUAUACUAUAAUAUUUAAUUUCAUCCAUUAUAAGAAAAGUCAGAGAUUUUUUUGGGUAAAGUGAGGUGUAUAACAUUUUAGAUCUCGUGUAAUUAAAAAGAAAUUUUAGAAGAAGAAAGAAAAUCAUACCUAUCAUACCCUUUCGAGAAUAAUUAUAUGGUAUAUAGAAUCGUGUGUAUAACAUGAAUAUUUACUUAACAUCUUCGGGCGUCUUUCAGAAAAAUAUUUCAAAAAUUAAUUUAUAUCAAAAUUUAACUUACGUAUUUUCGAUAAAACAUCGGGCGUACUCUUAAUAUUUUCAUUUUUCGGUUAACACUUUAAUAAUAUAUAACAAUAUGUUAUUUAAAUUGAAA